CAAAGGCCCAUGUCAAGGGCAAGAGCCAAAUGAACCCGAUCAACUACCUUCACUUAGACGCUCCUAACGUCGAUGUCAGGGGGUCAAAGAUUGCGUUGCACUUUUGGGUCGACGGGGGCGGCCGAGGAAGUCCCAAGGCGGUCGUCGUCAACUUUCAGGACGGCCGGUGGAGGAGAGUUGUGGAGGAGCCGAUAUUUCGCCUCAGAGAUUCUUAUCAGGACUGUGAAUCUCGGCGCCUCGGACGCGAUCCAAUCUACCUUCAGAUGUCUGUCUUCAACAGUGCUCUGAGAUGGUGGAACAACUCUCUGAGCAGCGUCGAUGAUCAGUUGAUCGCAUAUGAAGAAGCGUUACUUCGACAAGACCUGGCGGCCGGUGGCGACCUGCUGCAGCUCAAUGCCAAGACUAACAGAUCUCUGCACUGUAUUGCAGCCCAUCUUCAACGAUAUGAUUCCGAGCUGCAACUAUUCUCCAACAUCCUAGACCAGACAAGGUCAUACAAUCUGACCUGCCAUCGUCAUUUCGUUCAUCUCCUCUUUAGAAGGUCCGAGCAAGACCUCGACUGGGUCCUCACAGCUCUUGGCCGAGUUGAAUCGAUGCUAAUAGUAUUGCGAACCUUUCGCGAGGAACUACAACAAAAGGCUUCUAACGUCAUGAGCUUGCUCGUGGACAACAACAAGGGGAUCAGCGACCAGCUUGUUGUCCAGACCGGAAUAAUGAUGCACAAGAUCCUCGAGACUAGCCGUGACCAGGCGAAAGAGUCGCUGAAUAUCGCAGCGCAAACGAAGCAAUUGACUGAGCAGACGGCAAAGGUGCUACAUGAAACGCAGAAGGAAACCGAGGCUUCCCGACAGCUGGCGAUUCAGUCACAAAGACUUAGCGAGGAGAUGAUGAAAGACAGCGUCGCUAUGAAAACAGUGGCUCUUGUGACUGUUCUCUUUCUUCCGGGAACAUCAUUUGCUGCCAUCUUAGCCAUGCCUUUUUUCACAGGGGACUCAUCACCAUUCGACAAGCCCGAUCUCAUAUGGGUCUGGGUCGCGCUAACCGUACCUGCGACUAUCGUCUGCUUUGGCUUCUACUUGGCUUGGAAACAACGAGAGACACGGAGACGAGAACAGCGUGUUUCCUCGGACGAUGUAGAGUUAUCUAUGAUCACGCAGACAAGUCAGAGCUAA